AUGGAGCGGCCUUGGGUUAACUUCGAUGGAAACUGGGAAGUCUAUCCUUGGCAAAAUGUGAAUGUGAAAAUCCCUGUAUUGCGAGUGUCUUCAAGUUCCGGUGUGUCCGUGUACGAUACAUGGGUGUCCGGACCAUCCUCCAGUCUGUCCGAGGUCGGUCUGCAUCUAAACCUCAACUCUCCCCUCACCAACACCUUCUACAAACACCCAAUCGUCAACGGCUGGGAGAACUGGAAUAUCGCAGAGGUUCGGAUAAUUUUGUACAAACACAUGAUAGAGGUUGUCAGUCUUACCUUCGACGGGUUGGACACUAACGCUAUGAGCUGGUUUGCCAAAUCCCAGCUUCUGACAUCGCCCUGGAAAGACCUGAAGGGAAGCUCAACCAAUUUUUUGGGGAUAGAAGGCUCGAAUGGGAAUCGAAGAUUUUUCAUCAGUUCUCAUUAUUCUGGCUGCGGUGGAGAUUAUGGUUGGUUUGUAGUCCUUGAUGCCGAUGACCAUUGUGGAUGGACUACACGAUCUGCUUACCCGGCGUUUAGUUACGUGAGCGGAAGCUCUAAGCAGAACUGGCUGUCCGGUGCCGUUAGGGAUGCAGAUGAUCUGGUUAUCUUUGUUACCCUUUAUCUUUGACCUUUCAUAACUUCUGAAAGCAUUUUCCCGUCCUAAGCAUAAUUUCAGCUACAGGACAGUUUACAACCGGCAUCGGAGGUUGCGCAAUUCUCCAAGGCAACUCAAAUGUGAGCUCAAAUGAGAAAUAAAU